CUGCGCUACGCCGUCACUGGGUGGAAUGGCAGCAGAAGUGCUGCCGCUGCCACCGCAGCGUGCCCCGCUGGGUCCUGCUCCGUUGACAGCAGAUCAACGCUACUGGAGGACAUUCAAGGACCAGCUUCUGCUUCCUUCGCCGCAUAAUGCAGGCGUGACUUCGAUCACCGUGCCAUCGUUCAACUCUACUGGCGCGCAAGCGGAUACUUUCGCCGUGACAUCUGGCGGUCGCGUGCAGAUUUACAGCACGAAGACGAGGAAGCUGGUGAAAACUAUAAGCAGAUUCGGCGUAGAUGAUACGGCCCGCUCGGGCGUGCUGAGGCGCGACGGCCGCAUAUUGCUCGCAGGCGGUGACAGUGGCAUUGUGCAAGCCUUCGACACUGGCUCGAGGGCGAUCCUGAAGCAAUGGCGAGGGGAGCACGCGCACAAGCAAGCUGUGCAUGUUGUGAGAUGGAACCCCAACGUGUUGACUGAUUUGAUGAGCACAAGUGAUGACAGGACGGUCAGGGUGUGGGAUCUUACCGAAGAUGUCUCAAAGUGGACUGGCAUUGGCCACGAAGACUAUGUGCGCUCGGGUUGCUACAUACCCGGACAUGGCAUGAUUGCGACAGGCAGUUAUGAUCAGACGGUCCGCCUAUGGGAUACUAGGCAGUCCGGCACUGGAAAGCCGGCGCUGACUUUCAAGCACACGGCGCCGGUGGAGGAUCUCAUUCCUCUGGGUAGUGCUAUGCUCGCGUCCGCCGCUGGCAACGAAGUCGCCAUUCUCAACUUAGUUGCUGGGAAAGCGGAUCACAUUGUCCGCUCGCAUCAGAAGACAGUCACGUCACUCGGUCUUGCUCAGAAUGGCGCAAGACUCCUGACCGGUGGCCUCGAUGGUCACAUCAAAGUUCACAACACCACGACGUGGGAAGUCGCAUCGGGACUUAAGUAUCCUGCACCGAUAUUGUCCCUCGCUGUGGUCAGCUCUGGCGCUUUUGAAGCGGACCGUGAAGACAAGCAUCUAGCCGUAGGACUCCAGACAGGUAUUCUGUCCCUCCGGACACGUCUGGCUGGCACCGAGAAAACCAAGGCACGGGAGAAGGAAAAGAAGAUGCGAGCACUGAUCGCCGGUGAAGCAGAUGAGUACGAGCGUAAGCAGAAGAAGAAAGACAAGCGUCAAGGCAUACGCGCCCGCGAUCGAGGCAAGGACUUUCGAGGUGAGGGCGCCGACAUUAUUAUCGCUGGGAACGAGCGCACACGGCAGAAACUCCGGCCUUGGCAGCGAAGCCUUCGGGCGGGCAAGUACAGUCUCGCGCUCGAUCAGGUCUUGAAGCCUAACCCUCGAGAAGGCUUCAGUAACGAAGAUAUGGUUACAUUGCUCACCGCGCUUCGCCACCGUAGUGCUUUGCGCACAGCGCUCGCGGGUCGAUCAGAGGAGCAGCUGAUACCGGUCCUGCACUGGGUGUUGAAAUACAUCAACCACGCCGAGCAUGUCAACCUCAUCUACGAUGUCGUGCUGCUGCUGCUGCACAUAUACAGUCCGCGGUUGGGCGAAUGGCAGGAAGCGGACGAUGAUGAGGCCAGACAAGUUGUGGAUCUCGUCAAGCGCAUCGCACGGCGUGUGAGGAAAGGCGCAGACUACGCGGCUCAAGCUAGAGAGACUCUUGGAAUGCUCGAACUUAUGGAGAUGGGCUGAGGAGGCGUACAUUAAGGCUCCCCGAAUUUACGAAAAGCAAGCACUCCUGUGCGCGCCACCAGUGCCUACACCGCCGCAACAUCUCAUCGUCCCAAGACCGACGGAGCAUAACUUCUCGAUCAGCCAACAGCAGGCCAACAUGUGGACUCGAGAGCAUCAGAACCG